GGGAAGCUCACAACCACUUGUAGGUACCAAGUUUCCUUUCCUUUCUUUUUCUUUUUCUUUUUCUUUUUCUUCCUCAUUUACCGUUCAACACGUUGGUUUGGUUUCGGUAGGAUCACAGGACAGUCCACGCCAUUUGGCAUUUUCUCGCGAUCCGGCUCACACCAUCGCCGGCAAUGCGAGGCAGAGGAGAUUCGCGGUAUUCACUUCAUUCGACAGUCGAUAGGAUUUAGGGAUUCUUAGUCUUCGUUCAAUCGUCCGUUGAUUUAUGGAGCCAGCGACUAUGGGUUGGCCAGCUUACUCCCAUACUGAAUUAUACUCCAAGGGGCAUAAGAGGUUGAAAAUGUUCAGUGAUGGAAAAGUUCAUAAUAGCAUGACCCUUUGUACGAGCUCGCCUGAACCUGAACAGAAAAAACAAAAAACUGCAUCAAAAGUUAUUGAUUAUUCUGACCCAUUAGCGAUCUCCAAAAUGCUGGAUGGACUAGAUACUGGAAAGUAUGGAAGUGUGACAAAAGAGGUAGAAGCCCUUUGUGCACGGAAGAUGCAAAUGCUGAGCCCUGUUUUUGCAAUGGACCCUAUGCUUCCGCAUAGGCAUUUGGAUAAGGAAAAAAAUCAGUAUAAAGAGGCUCCAAAUGUAGCAAAUCAUCAAAAUGUCAUUGAUUUGGAGGAUGGUCGUGUUGCAAAUGAUGCUAAAGCAUUGGCAUUGCCUGUUGUAAUUAUUGAUUCUGAUGAUGACGAUUGUGGAGAUCAGAGACCAUCUUCCCUGUAUCAGGAGAUUGUCUUGAAGACAUCAGCCAGUGAGCUUCUAUUGAAAGAUCUAAUGCUCAGGGAUUGCAUGGAGAGCAAACCAAAGAUAAAAGAAGAGGAAAAUCUGGAUGCUGACAUUGACAUAAAAAAAGACAAGGGUGUAUAUGUUGGUGUGGAUGAUGAUAUGGAGGAGGAAUACUAUCCUCGGACCAAUGCUGAAGAUGAUGGUUUGGGUGACAUUUGGAAAGAAAUGUCCUUUGCAUUAGAAUGUUCAAAGGAUAUUGCUCUAGAUCCUUCAUCUGAUGAACACGCCAGAGAAUCUGGAGAGGAUUGUGAACAUUCUUUUGUCCUAAAGGAUGAUCUUGGAUAUGUUUGUCGCAUCUGUGGUGUUAUAGAGAGAAGAAUCGAUACUAUAAUUGACUUCCAGUAUGUAAAGAGCACAAGGACUUCAAGAACUUAUAAAUAUGAAUCUCGGUCUGCCAAAGACAACCCAAAUGUUCCUAGUGGAGUUAAAUUGACUGAACAUGAUUUGACAGUGACUGAAAUUUCUGCACAUCCAAGACAUACAAAAGAAAUGAGGCCACAUCAAGUAGAGGGCUUCAAUUUUCUAAUUAGUAACUUAGUUACUGAAAACCCUGGCGGGUGCAUCUUGGCCCAUGCUCCUGGGUCUGGAAAAACUUUCAUGAUUAUUUGCUUCAUGCAAAGCUUUUUGGCAAAGUAUCCUUUUGCUAGACCCCUAGUUGUACUACCCAAAGGCAUCCUUGCUACAUGGAAAAAGGAAUUUCAGAAAUGGCAAAUUGAGGACAUUCCAUUAUAUGAUUUCUACUCAAUGAAAGCGGAUAAUCGGCCACAGCAAUUAGAAGUGUUGCAAAAAUGGGUAGAAAAGAAGAGUAUUCUGUUUUUGGGGUAUAAGCAGUUUUCAACUAUUAUUUCUCGCAAUGAAACUUGUCAAGCGGCUGCUGCUUGUGAAGAAAUAUUGUUAAAGGCCCCCAGUAUACUUAUUCUGGAUGAAGGUCACACUCCGAGGAACAAGAGUACUGAUGUAUUUGCAUCCCUUGCCAAAGUUCAAACCCCUCGGAAAGUGGUACUUUCUGGAACUCUCUAUCAAAAUCAUGUUAAAGAGGUGUUUAAUAUAUUGAAUCUUGUACGCCCAAGGUUUCUCAAAUCAGAUACUUCUCGAGCUGUUGUCAAGCGUAUCAUGAGUAGGGUUCAAAUAUCAGGUGUGAGAAAACAGUUAAAAUCUGCUGCAGAUCUGGCUUUCUAUGACGUGGUGGAGGACACACUACAGAAGGACGAAGACUUCAAAAGGAAAGUAACAGUCAUACAAGAUCUGCGGGAGAUGACCAGCAAGGUGCUUCAUUAUUAUAAAGGAGAUUUCCUGGAUGAGCUACCUGGACUUGUUGAAUUUACUGUGCUUCUCAAUCUCACUGCUAUACAAAAACGGGAAGUAGGAAAGCUGAAGAAAUAUGGAAGGAAGUUUAAGGUAAGUUCUGUCGGAAGUGCUGUUUAUUUACACCCACAACUGAACCUUUUCUCAGAAAAUUGUUCUGCAACUGAUGCUAUGAUGGAUGAGAUGUUGGAGAAAAUUGAUGUGAAGGAUGGAGUCAAAGCAAAGUUCUUCCUUAAUAUUCUGGCGUUAUGUGAAUCAUCGAAUGAGAAGCUGCUAGUUUUCAGUCAGUAUCUCCUACCUCUAAAAUUUUUGGAGAGACUGGCAGCAAAAACGAAGGGUUGGAGUCUACGGAAGGAAAUUUUUGUGAUCUCAGGCGAGUCAAGUUCAGAGGAUCGUGAGUGGUCUAUGGAAUGCUUCAACACUUCUCCUGAUGCUAAAGUUUUCUUUGGCUCCAUAAAAGCAUGUGGGGAAGGAAUAUCAUUGGUGGGGGCAUCUCGAAUCCUUAUUUUGGACGUUCAUCUGAACCCAUCUGUAACCCGCCAGGCAAUUGGCCGUGCAUUUCGCCCAGGUCAAAUGAACAAGGUGUACGCAUAUAGAUUGGUCGCUGCUGAGUCACCUGAGGAGGAAGACCACAAUACUUGUUUUAAGAAGGAUUUGAUUUCAAAAAUGUGGUUCGAGUGGAAUGAGUAUUGUGGACACCGGCAGUUUGAUAUGGAGACUGUUGAUGUCAGUGAUUGUGGUGAUAUCUUCUUGGAGACUCCAUUGCUGAGGGAAGAUGUAAAGAUGCUGUACAGAAGGUUAGUGCUUUCCCCCUUUCCCUAAGUGAGUUCCCAAAUGCAAAAUAUUCAGGUUUGUCCGCUCUAAAUUUUCUGUUUAUCUUUUUGUUCAGGUAAGUUGUAGCUUCACACUCCUGAUGCACCGUAGUGAGCUGCCUUGAAGUCCCGUUGUCUUAAUAGCUCAUCCAUCUUUCUUCCUGGGGUAUUUACAUGGGCUGCUUAAGCGGAUCGAUUUAGAAAAACAACUGUUUCUUUCAGAUGUUUUUGGAAUGGCAUAUGCAUUGCUAUUCCGUUUUUGUUUUGCUUAUUUUUUGGGUUGAAGAAACUGUAUAGGACUAGAACUAGUAAAUCAUAAGCCAGUUUGGAUGCUUUUUGUAAAUAUGACAGGGAAUCACCAUCAGGUCCAUUAUCUGUUGCUUUUUUAUCUCAAAUGGCGAUUUAACUUCAUAUGAUAUUUC